AUGUCUAACUUGAACAACUCAAUAACUGAAUUUCUCCUUAUGGAGUUUUCUGAUAACAGAGAGCUGCAGAUCUUAUAUUCUUUGCUUUUCUUUCUGAUUUACUCAGCAGGCUUGAUGGGAAAUCUCCUCAUUGUCAUCAUCACCACCAUUGACAGGAGACUCCAUACCCCUAUGUACUUUUUCAUUAGGAAUCUUUCCAUUGUGGAUAUCUGCUUCAUAUCAGUAACUGUUCCCCCAGCAUCCAUUAACUCCCUGGUGAACAACAGGGUUAUUUCAGUUACUGGAUGUGCAAUUCAAAUAUUUCUGCUAGUCUGGAUGGCCUAUGUUGAGUACACUUUGCUCACUGUCAUGGCCCAUGAUCGCUAUGUUGCCAUCUGCCAUCCACUUCUUUAUCCAGUGAUCAUGAACUCUCAUGCCUGCAUGCAGAUGACCUUAACCUGCUUGUUCACUGGGAUUUUGUAUGCAGGUCUCCAUACUGGUUUAACAUUUCAUUUGUCUUUCUGUCAAUCCAAUGUGAUCCACCAGUUCUUCUGUAAUAUCCCCUCUCUACUCAAGAUCUCUUGUUCAGAGAUAUUCUUCAAUUUGAUAUCUUUAUUUGUCUCUGCUCUAGCUCUUGUUGGCUGCUUUGUCUUCAUCGUUGUAUCAUAUAUUAGAAUAUUUUCCACUGUGCUUAGAUUUCCAGUGAAAGAAGACCAAAGAAAAGCCUUCUCUACUUGCAUCCCUCACAUCAUUGUGGUUUCUUUGUUCCUUAUUUCAACCUCUUACAUGCACCUACAACCACCUUCAGAUUCUGGGUCUAUUAAAGAUAUAAUCAUUUCAGUAUUCUAUUCCAUAAUUCCUCCCUUUUUGAACCCUAUUUUAUACAGUCUAAGGAAUCAGCAGAUAAAAGAGGCUAUAAGAUUAGUAAUGAAGAAAAAAAACCUUUUUAUUAAAUAAAGCAUAAAUUAUAUUUCUUUCCUAAUGUUAUUGAUCUUACUUUAUUUGUAAAUUUAAAAUCCCAUAAAAGUCUUUUUUUAUCUCUCUCUCUGUCUUUCUCUGUCUGUCUUUCUGUGUCUUUUUGUGUAUCUCUCUGUCUCUGUCUCUGUUUCUCCUGUGUGUGUCUCUCUCUCUUUCUCUAUCUCUUUCUGUCUGUCUCUCUUUCUCCCUCCUUUCUUUUUCCUCCCUGUCUUCCUCCCUCCCUCCUUUCUCUCACUCUGUGUGUGUGUGUGUGUGUGUGUGUGUGUGUGUAUAGCAUUGUUAGUUUAUUAGUUGCUAUUUAUCUGUAGAUGGGUAAAGAUGAAUCCCUGGUCUAUAUGAAAAAAAAGUCACUAGAAUUGACCUAAAUAUUAUAAAUUUCAGUAUCAUUAAUGAGACAUAUUCACAAAUUCCAAAUAAUAUAUUUUUUUAGCUCUUCGGUGGCAUUUGGCAAU